AUGGCGAGUCUCCCGGAAAUAAACAUCUCCAUCGGUCCUGAUAAAGACCGCGGCGGCACCUUUUGCGAUGUACUUGUACAAGUUGGCGGCCGCGAUGAUCUCGUGUUCAAAUUAUUGUCCGAAGACCCGCAGAAUUACCGCGAUGCUCCAACGGAGGCGAUUCGAAGGGCGCUGGAAGUCAUCGAAAACCGACGAAUUCCCGUCGGCGAGUUACUAGAUGGAUCCCGAAUCGCAUCCUGUCGAAUCGGGACAACCAUUGCAACGAAUGCUUUGUUGGAAGGCAAGGGGCGAGAAUUCGCAUUUGUGACCACUAAGGGCUUCAAAGAUGUGUGCGUUAUUGAUGAUCAGACGCGACCGAAGCUGUUUGCUUUAAAUGUUAGAAAGCCACCUGCAUUGCAUUCAGUUUCAGUGGAAAUUGAUGAACGCAUCACUAUCGAGGACUAUGAUCUCAACCCCUUUCCUUUGGAUAAGGCCCUUGAACUCACUGAUCCUGCGCUCGUGCGGACGCGCAGUGGAGAGGUGAUUAGAAUAUUGAAGGAAAUCGAUCUUGUUGAAGUCCGAGAAGUAUUGAAUGGCCUGUUGUCAGCAGGAUACAAAUCUUUGGUCAUCUCAUUUAUGCACUCCUAUCUUUAUUCUCACCAUGAGGAUCAGGUAGCGGAAAUUGCGCAGAGCAUGGGAUUUGAAACCGUCAUCAAAGCAUCUGAAGUCAGUCCCGUUAUCAAAUUUCUGCAACGCAGCACCUCGGCGUCCUCUGAGGCCUAUUUGUACCCCCUCGUGAGAGACUAUGUGAAAGCUUUCCAAGCCGGCUUCAGUAUACUCCCCCAGCGUGUGGAGUUUAUGGGAUCGGAUGGAGGCUUGAGACAAGCGGAUAAAUUCCGCGGAAACGAAGCGCUUCUCAGCGGGCCAGCCGGUGGUGUUGUUGGAAUUGCCCGAACUUGCUUUGAUGCAGCUGAAGGGACUCCUGUGCUGGGCUUUGACAUGGGUGGAACUAGCACGGAUGUUUGUCGAUACGAUGGCAAAUAUGAUUAUUUGACUGAGACAACGGUUGGUGGUCGGAAAAUCGCGGCGCCGAUGUUGAAUAUUUCGACCGUCGCAGCGGGCGGAGGUUCAAUGCUGUUUGCGCGUCACGGACUGUUUGUUGUUGGCCCUGAGAGUGCCGGAGCCCAUCCUGGUCCUGCCUGUUACCGAAAGGGGGGCCCUCUUACUGUGACCGACGCGAACCUGUUUCUGGGCAGACUGGCUCCGUCUUAUUUUCCCGCGAUCUUUGGCCCUAAUGCGGACCAGCAAUUAGAUGCCGAGGUCACCAAGCAGAGAUUCCAUGAUAUAACCGAUGAAAUCAACAAGCAAACGGGACAGACCCUAAGCCCCGAGGAGGUCGCUUUCGGGUUUCUUGAUGUUGCAAACGAAACCAUGACUCGACCAAUGCGAAACGCCACAGAGGUACGAGGCUUUGCGCCGAGCAGUCAUAACUUGGUCAGUUUUGGAGGAGCAGGUGGUCAACACGCGUGCUCCAUUGCCAACAAAUUGGGCAUCAAACGGAUUCUUAUCCACAAACACUCCUCCCUCCUAUCCGCCGUCGGUAUAUCUCAGGCAGAUCUGCAAGUUGAAAGAAUGGCCCCAUUUGUUGGGUUCUUUGACUUAAAUAUCUUGGACACCAUCCGGGCCCAGCUUGACAACCUUAAAUCCAAGGUUGAGGUUGCUCUGCACUCACAGGGGGCGGACCCAUCGACCAUUGUGUUCGAAGAGUCCCUCAGUCUGAGAUAUGCGGGCACAGACACCAAUAUCACUGUAUCCAAGCCGGCGGAUGAAGACUACGGAUCCUCCUUUGUUGCGACGCAUCUUCGAGAAUUUGCGUUUGUUCUCGACAGAAAAAUACACAUCGACUCGGUCAAGGUCCGUGGAGUUGGAAGAAGCGGUGUUCCUGCUGAUAGUCCCUCACCCUACUCGAUGCUCGAUCAAGCCAAAUCCCAACAGGAGUAUCUUCAGGGUGAUCUGCAACAACCUGUGUUCUUCGAUGGGAAAUGGCAGAAUGUGCAAAUAUUUGAACUUGGGUCGGUAAAACGACCCUCUCAGGUGCAUGGACCUGCCCUGUUGAUUGACGCAACCCAGACGAUCUUCGUGGAACGUGGAUUUGAUGCAUACCUUCUUUCAGAUCAUUUGGUACUGGAGAAAAUGGAAUCCAGAGCCCCGAAAUCUGAACUGUCGCCCUCAACAGAGACUGUCGACCCGAUCCAGCUUUCCAUUCUCUCACAUAGGUUCAUGGCGAUCGCAGAGCAGAUGGGACACACAUUACAGCGGACAUCGAUUUCAACUAGCAUUAAAGAGCGAUUGGACUUUUCCUGUGCUAUAUUCUCGCGAGAGGGGAAGUUGGUAGCCAAUGCCCCUCACAUUCCCAUUCAUCUUGGCAGUAUGCAAUAUGCGAUCCAAUACCAGCAUCGUCUGUGGGAAGGAAAGCUGAAGGCCGGUGACGUCCUUCUGAGCAAUCACCCCGAAUGCGGUGGAACCCAUCUGCCGGAUCUCACCAUCAUCACCCCGGUAUUUGUGAAUGACGAGCCCACCGUCGCUUUCUACGUUGCAGCUCGGGGCCACCAUACGGAUAUAGGUGGCCAAGGAAUCACAUCCAUGAUGCCAGACUCAAAGGAGCUAUGGCAAGAAGGAUUGAAUGUUCGAUCCAUGAAGAUCGUCGACAAUGGUGUAUUCCUUGAGACUGAGGUGCGAAAUGUGUUUUUGGAUGCGGGUGAUCUCCCCGGGUGCAGCCCAACUCGCCGUUUAGACGACAACAUCUCGGACAUCAAAGCUCAGAUCUCAGCCAAUCAGCGUGGCAUUCUUCUUCUCCAGAAGAUGUGUGGGGAAUUUGGUUUCCCUUUUGUGCAUGGCUACAUGAAUGCCAUUCAAAUGAACUCCGAAAACGCUGUGAGAGACUACCUCAAGAAGGUAUCGGGAUCGAGAGCGAUGCCUUUGACAGCCAGUGAUCACUUUGACGAUGGAACAGUCAUCAGAGUUUCCAUAUCGAUUGACGAAGAUGGCGGCGCAGUGUUCGAUUUCUCAGGAACUGGCCCUCAGAUAUGGGGGAAUUAUAACUGCCCGAUCUCCAUUACCCACUCAGCCGUUAUUUACGCCAUCCGGUGCUUGAUAGAUGUCGAUAUCCCACUCAAUGACGGGUGUCUAUCUCCAAUCGAUAUUCGUAUUCCGAAAGGGUCUAUUCUGAGACCCAGCGCCUCUGUGGCUAUAUGUGGAAGUACACUAGCGAGCCAGCGUGUGAUCGAUACGAUCUUGCGAGCAUUCGAAUGCUGCGCGGCAUUUUCCGGUUGUGCAAACAGCUUCGGGUGGGGAAUGGGAGGAAGAGAUCCUGCCACUGGGAUCAUUCAGCCUGGGUGGAAUUACGGCGAGACCGUAGGAGGCGGGUGUGGUGCUGGACCUGGAUGGCAUGGUGAGCAUGCUAUUCAAGCUCACUCGACGAACACGAAGAUCACCGACGCGGAGGUGGUUGAAAAAAGGACUCCAGUCAUUAUUCGCAAGCACGCCAUCAACCUCAACACUGGUGGAGAUGGCGAGUUCCGCGGGGGUAACGGUGCCGUUCGUGAAAUCGAGGCUCGGAUUCCUCUAAAAUUCAGCAUUCUCAGUGACCGACGGGUGUUUGCUCCGUACGGCAUGAAUGGAGGAGAAGAGGGCAGUGUGGGGAAGAAUUUUGCAUUCAAGUGGAACGAAGAAAAGACUGCUCUGGAAAGACUGUCGCUUGGUGGAAAAGCUGCUCUUGCCCUCGAGGCUGGCGAGAUCAUGCAGAUCAACAGCCCAGGCGGAGGAGGAUGGGGCGCUUCUGCAUAA